CAUGAAACAUGACUGAUAUGAAAGGGGCGAUUCCCUUGAUUUUCCUUCUUUUUGAAGUAUCAGGGUUUCUUAUUCCAGAUUUAGAAACCGUUCAUUUGUACGUGAGUGUCACCGGUAGUGACCACAACAAUGGACUGGACAUACAUCACCCGUUUAAGACUAUACAGGCCGCCCUCUCACAUCUACCUAACGCAAACAUCAGGGGCAAAAAUGUAUUUAUAGAACUGAUGCAAGGAUAUCAUGAUCUGACUUCAACAGUUUACAUACGUCACAGUGACGCAAGAACUGUAACUAUUCGGGCCCAUGACAACAGCGAAGUACAUGUGACUGGCGGGAAAAGAUUACCAGCGACAUUGUUUAAACAUGUCACUGAUUCUGGUAUCCUUCAUCGUCUGCCAACCGAAGCUAGGACCAAUGUAGUCGAGGCUCGUCUGUCAGACGCCGGCCUGUCCCACCUGUGGGACCUGUCCGAAUACGGAUUCUAUAAAGAUCGAUCCGCUCCAAUGGAGAUAUUCUACAAUGGUGCACCAUUAAGGAUGGCAAGAUGGCCUAAUGAUGGCCAGGGUUACGUUAACAUUGCAUCACUGGUAGAUGGUCAAGGCGGGGAAAGUUUCACUUUCUCCGGACACAGAGCUAGUCAAUGGAGCCAGGAAACGGACAUGUGGGCUCAUGGCUUUUGGUACUGGAGCUGGUCGGAUCAGUCUAUCAAGGUGAAAUCCACCGCAGCAUCAACCAAUACUAUUACUCUGUCUCAUCCGCCACACUACGGACUGAAGACCGGUCAUUUCCAUCUUGGUCACAACCAUCAGUACGGAUUUCAACAACAAGGCGGUUACUUUCGGAUCAUUAACGCCCUCUCUGAACUCGACGAGCCGGGCGAGUACUACAUCGACAGGACCUCCGGUCUACUUUAUAUGUGGCCGCCAACAGGAAAUCUGGGUCAGCAUGACGUCAUAUACGCCUCAGACUUAGACCACUGUUUCACUCUAGACCAUACUUCGAACGUGAUAUUUGAAGGCUUCACACUAGAGGCUUGUCGCCAUUACGGCAUCAACAUCCGGUACGGUCAAAAUAUCACCAUUCAGAGGAUGGAAGUGAGGAACACAGGUUCGUACGGAAUUUCCUGUAAAAGUUGUCUUGGUGUGAAUAUAACCGGAUGUGAUAUUCAUGGCGGUGACGGCGGAGUCAAAGUAUCAGGAGGUACCAGAUCGACCCUGUCACCCUCCCGGAUAUCGGUGGUCGACAAUAUUAUACAUAGCUUCAGCAGAGAGACGGCCGUCGGGGCCAACGCCAUCUCCGCGUCUGGCGUAGGGAUUUACAUGGCUCAUAAUGAACUCCAUACCGCCCAGUACACCGCCAUCAGAUGGAACGGAAAUGAUCACGUGAUGGAGUAUAACCAUGUUCAUCAUCUCUGUCAGAACUCUAGCGACUGUGGAGCCCUCCACACCGGACGUGACUGGACAGGAAGGGGGUGUGUCGUUCGAUUCAACAUUGUACACCACGUCCUCCGCCUGUACCCCGGGGCCGACGUCCGGGGGGUGAUGUUGGACGAUCAGUAUUCCAGUGUCGAUAUUCACAGUAACGUCUUCUAUAAUAAUGAUGUUCACGUCAAUAUAGGGGGUGGUCGUGACAACAUCAUACAUAACAAUGUGUUUUACGAGGCAGUCAAGUCAUCAAUGCAGGUAGAUUCCAGAGGAGUCCCGCAUAGCAGUAAUGAACAAACGUUACAGAAAAACCUUCACGCUGUGCCAUACACAAGUGCCCUUUGGGCCCAACGUUAUCCAAAGCUAGCCGUUAUAGAUUCAAACGCGCCUGACGAACCACGUGGAAAUGAAAUAUCGGCAAACAUUUUCUACAAUACUGCUGCCCCGGACUUUGUGGGUCCAAUCGAACACCAACACUGGUUUAAUAUCUCAAUGAACCAUCAGGCUCUGGGUCCAGCUGAUUUUAAUGAUCCGUCAUCAGCCGACUUCCGGCCCCGCUGUUCACUUUCGACCUUUACAAACUUGGUCCACUUUCCAGACCCUGUUCGUCAAUAUCAGGUCGGCCCGAGAGGUGCAGUCGGUCCAGUAUACAAAGGACAUGGUUCGAAACGUGACGUCAGCACUGAAAAUCGGGAUGCCCCUACUCCCUGUACUACACACGCACCAUCAGCACUCACACCGGUGACGUCAUACCUGCCGGACGGGUCGCACGCAAAUACCAUCAAGCACACGCCAAACGAAGGCAAGAGGACUGACUUUUAUCCAUGCUGUUGUUGGUUUAGUGCUGAAACCUGUCCGAACCAUCCUGGCUUCACAUCGGGUCUUCAGCGUGACGUGGACGGCGAGAAACACCUCAACACGGGACGUAAUGAGACGGCGUGUUUGGACCGUGUGCCAUACCUGGUGACCUAUUGUGGCAGCCAAUCAAAGUUCUCCGUCAUCUACGGUCCUACGGGUGCCAUGACGUUAGGAGGGUUUGGCUGCUACUUCGCUCAGUAUGGCUGCCCAAAACACAAUACUUAUCACGUGGGAUUUAUACGAGACACGUGGGCGGAACAGCAUCAGAACGCUGGCCAUGACGAGAAAGCUUGUUUAUCACGUGCUGUCGCGGAGUGGAGGUAUUGCGGAUCCGAUUCUACAUAUCCCCUCACUAGUAUUUAUCUUCCUACAGGAAAGCGAGUAACUGCGGCGGGCGGAUGUUGGAUUUAUGUCACAAAAUGUCCCGGUGACCCAACAGUUAACAUACCACGUGAUUUAUUCUAUGACGCAUGGGGAGCGUCCAACGUGGGAUCAGACCAAGACUUGAUAGCUUGUUUACAACGAGCCGACGAUUUCUGGUUACGAUGCGGAAGACAUGCAGACUCGCCCGUGACAGCGUUCUAUCGCCCGGAUGCAAUGUCAAGGACAGUUCCCUGAGGUUAUCCUGCAAAGCUUCUAUUAGUAUUUCAACAAGACAUCGAAAUGUGUUAUUGUAAUUACGUUUUAAAUAUGUCGGUCAAUAAACAUAUUAUUCUAAUAAUUUACAAAUAAA